UCAAUCAGUGACAAACAUGGUGGUCAAUAUAAGCUCCAUUGAGACCUCAUCAAAUGGAGUCUGGCAAGGGGACAAUCCCCUUGACUAUGCCUUCCCUCUCCUAAUUGUUCAGACCACCUUAAUCCUCGUGCUCAGCCGCUUCCUCGCUUUUCUCCUCAAACCCCUCCGCCAACCCAAAGUCAUUGCUGAGAUACUCGGUGGAGUUCUUCUUGGACCGUCCAUUUUGGGAAGAAACAAACACUAUUUGCACCGAAUAUUUCCCUCAUGGAGCACCCCGAUACUUGAAUCCGUGGCCAGUAUCGGACUCCUCUUCUUUCUGUUUCUCGUGGGCCUUGAACUCGAUCUAAGCUCAAUUCGUCGGAGUGGCAGAAGAGCCAUUGGAAUAGCAGCAGCCGGGAUUUCCCUCCCUUUCUUCUGUGGUAUUGGCGUGUCCUUUGUCCUCCGACAAACCGUCGAAGGAGCAGACAAAGUUGGUUACGGCCAGUUCCUCGUGUUCAUGGGAGUCGCGCUCUCCAUUACAGCUUUCCCUGUCCUCGCGCGCAUUUUAGCAGAACUCAAACUAUUAACCACCGAAGUGGGCGAGCUCGCCAUGGCUGCAGCUGCGUUCAACGACAUCGCUGCGUGGAUCCUGCUGGCUCUAGCCGUGGCACUCGCGGGUGACGGUGACAGUGGUGGCCACAAGAGCCCCCUGAUAUCAAUUUGGGUUCUCCUCUCAGGUGCUGCGUUCGUCGCUUUCAUGUUGGUUUUCAUCGGACCCGCGAUGAAAUGGGUUGCCCGCCGGUGCUCACCGCAAAACGACGUGGUGGACGAAGCUUAUAUCUGUUUGACGUUGGCCGGAGUACUGGUGUCCGGGUUGAUCACUGACCUGAUCGGAAUCCAUUCUAUUUUCGGAGCGUUUGUAUUCGGACUAACAAUCCCAAAAGGAGGCGAAUUCGCUGAAAGAUUGAUAGAAAGGAUUGAGGACUUCGUUACCGGUCUGCUUCUACCACUAUACUUUGCAUCGAGCGGGUUACAGACGGACGUCACCAAAAUACAAGGAGCAAAGGCAUGGGGUCUACUGGCGAUGGUGAUAUCCACAGCCAGUGCCGGAAAAAUUGUGGGGACUUUGGCGGUGGCGAUGAUGUUUAGGAUGCCAUUGAGGGAAUCUCUGACGCUGGGCGUGCUCAUGAAUACCAAAGGGUUGGUGGAGCUUAUUGUUCUCAACAUCGGCAAGGAGAAGAAGGUGCUCAAUGACGAGAUGUUUGCUAUUCUAGUCCUCAUGGCACUCUUUACCACCUUCAUCACAACUCCCACAGUAAUGGUCAUCUACAAACCAGCUCGUGGCAUCCCCAUCCGCAUGCACUGCAAAUUGCGUGACUUGACCUCCAUACAGAAUCUCAAGGACGAGCUACGUGUUCUUGCUUGUGUUCAUGGUCUCGGAAAUGUACCCUCCCUCAUUAGCCUUAUCGAAUUAACUCGAGGAUCAACUAAGAAGUCCCUAAUAAAACUUUUUGUUAUGCAUCUUGUUGAGCUUACAGAACGAUCCUCUUCGAUUAUAAUGGUCCUACGUGCUCGGAGGAAUGGCUUUCCAUUCUUCAAUCGCAUGCGCCAAGGUGAGUGUUAUGAUCGAGUAGUUGGGGCAUUCCAAGCUUAUAGUCAGUUGGGUCGUGUCAGGGUUCGACCAACAAAGGCAAUCUCAGCAUUGUCUACAAUGCAUGAGGAUAUUUGCCAUGUGGCAGAGGAUAAAAGGGUGACGAUGAUCAUCCUACCCUUCCACAAACGAUGGAGAGGUGAGCACAAUGAGAUAGAGGAGAGUGUGGGACAUGGUUGGAGAGGAGUAAAUCAGAGGGUAAUAAAUAAUGCACCGUGCUCAGUGGCUAUCCUCGUGGACCGUGGAUUAGGUAGUGGGUCCCAAACUCUAAGGCCUACGGCCAUCGCGCAGCAACGAGUUUGUGUAAUCUUCUUUGGUGGACCUGACGAUUGUGAGGCCUUGGAGUUGGGUGGUAGGAUGGCGGAGCAUCCUACAGUUAAAUUGACCGUUAUAAGGUUUGUAGAGAAAGAUGGGAAGACGAGCACUGACAUGAUGUUACAACUCUCGUCGACUAGCAAUUGUGGUGAACAUAACUAUAGUUUCUCCACUGCUGAGAUAAACCAUGAGAGGGAAGGGGAGCUAGAUGAACUUGUUGAUGCUGAGUUUCAAAGCAAGUGGGAUGGGACUGUACUAGAGCAUUUUGAGAAGGUGGCUGGCAACAUUGUUGAGGAAAUUUUGAAAAUAGGGCAGAGUGGGGACUAUGAUCUGAUAAUUGUAGGCAAAGGUCAGUUCCCAUCAACUGUGGAAGCUAGAUUAGCAAAGCGCCAAGCUGAGCAUGUAGAGUUGGGGCCUAUUGGAGACAUACUGGCCUCGUCAGGCAAUGGCGUCGCGUCUUCAAUACUAAUCAUUCAAAACCAUGAUCUUGCCCACUUAGAGGAGGCUCCGGUGUCUAAGGUAGUUGGGCACACCGAGUACAAGAAACUCAAAGGUGACAAUUCGUUGAGUGUAGGGGAGAUUUCGAAGGAUGUUGUGUGA